AUGGAAUAUACAUUCAAAGUAUUUUGCGGGUCGUCAGAUGGAAAGGUUGUGGAGAAAUUGACUACUCGGCGACUCGGAGAUAAUGAUGUCUUCAUCGAGACCACCCAUUCUGGCCUGUGCGGAACAGACGAGCACUUUCUUCAUUGCGACCAAGCUCUUGGACACGAAGGGGUAGGUGUUGUAAAGCACGUUGGUCCCAGCGUAAGUUCCGUAAAAGUUGGGGACAGGGUUGGAUUUGGCUUUAUCCGUCGUGUUUGUGGGAGAUGCGACAACUGUAUAAGUGGCUGCGACCAUCACUGCAGAGAAAAACGAGCAUACGGCCAACAUGACUUCGAUGUUGGAUCAUUCAGCCACGGCACCGUCUGGGAUGCCGAUGCCGUCUAUCCCAUUCCAGAAGGAUACGAUUCGGCCCAUGCAGCACCACUGCUAUGCGCCGGCGCUUCUGUCUGGGCUUGCUUGACCAACAAUGGAAUCCGACCUUCCGACCGUGUUGGUGUCAUGGGAAUAGGGGGGCUUGGUCAUCUCGCGAUCAAGCUUGCUAGGGCACUGAGAUAUAACGUGGUGGCGUUGUCAAGUUCGGAAAAGAAACGCGAGGAAGCGCUAGAAUUUGGAGCGUCUGAGUUCUAUCGCUUUCCCAAUACUCAGACGCCAAAUCACAUCAAACCCGUCAAACAUCUUUUAUUGUGCGGGAGCUCUGAUGUUGACUAUGCCUCGUGGGUAUCCCAUCUACCCUCUAAACAAAAUGCAAUAGAUCAUGCUAAUAUUUAUCGCAGUCUACUGGAUUUGGUUGAUACAAACGGGACUAUAUAUCAUAUUUCUGUGACCUUGAAGCCUACUCCUAUACCUUUAGUUCCGUUUGGUCAGAAGGGGAUACGGAUUCAGGGAUGCUUCAUCACUUCGCGGCGUAAUCUGCAAGAGUUGUUGGAGUUUGCUGCCCGGUUUGAUAUCAAACCGACUAUUAUGACUUUCCCUCUUACCAGGAACGGCCUUGAAGAGACGAUUGAGAAACUGAGAGCGGGUAGGAUUAGAUACAGGGCAGUUCUGGAAUAUCAGGCGCCAUAG